UCUCACACACAAAGUCACAAGUGACAAUAUCCCAGCAUUUAUAGUCUCAAAUCAGUCUAUAUCCCCCCUUGUGUUUCUCACUCUCUUCAUGGCUCUCUUUCUCUCACUUCUUCUCAUCCUUUUGUUUCCUUCAACCAAUGCUGCCUGGCCACCUUCUCCUGGUUACUGGCCAAGCUCUAAAUUCAGGCCUAUGAGCUUUCACAAAGGCUUUAAAAUCCUUUGGGGUCCUGCCCAUCAAUCUGUUCACCACAAUGCAUUAACCAUCUGGCUUGACAAAACUUCAGGAAGUGGAUUCAAGUCUGUUCGGCCUUUUCGAUCCGGUUACUUUGGAGCCUCGAUUAAGGUCCAACCUGGUUACACUGCAGGGGUCAUAACAGCUUUCUAUCUAUCAAACAAUGAAGCUCAUCCGGGAUUUCAUGAUGAAGUGGACAUAGAAUUUCUUGGAACCACAUAUGGGAAACCUUAUACUUUGCAGACCAAUGUUUAUAUCAGAGGGAGUGGGGAUGGAAAGAUCAUUGGAAGGGAAAUGAAAUUUCACCUUUGGUUUGAUCCAACACAAGACUUUCACCACUAUGCCAUUUUUUGGAAGCCUAAAGAGAUCAUAUUCCUAGUGGAUGAUGUGCCCAUAAGAAGGUAUCCAAGGAAGAGUGCUGCUACAUUUCCUCUAAGACCAAUGUGGGUGUAUGGUUCAAUAUGGGAUGCCUCAUCAUGGGCAACCGAGGAUGGGAAGUACAAAGCCGAUUACAAAUACCAACCAUUUGUUGCAGAGUACAACAAUUUCAAAGCUAGCGGUUGCACCGCCUAUGCUCCGGCUUGGUGCCGCCCUGUUUCUGUCUCCCCUUCUCGGUCCGGCGGGCUAACAAGGCAGCAACGUGCAGCAAUGAGAUGGGUACAGAGAUACCAUAUGGUGUAUAACUAUUGCAGGGACCCCAAGAGGAACCACGCCUUGACCCCAGAGUGUCGGAGCUAGUGAACUUUAACAGCAUGAGUUUUACUUUCCUUUUCAUGAAAGAAUGUCACUAUUUGUCCA